AUGAGCUGUUCAGAUUUAGACUCUUUGCAUUACAGCCCGCAGAUGGAUACCGAGAUAUCCGCAGUAUUUGCCGCCGAAAACGACACACACACCUUACAAUCCAUCACCGAAAGCCCGUUCCCCGAAGAUGUUCCCCUGCUGAGGUCCUGCGAGAACUGCCGACGCAAGAAGCGCAAGUGCAGCGGCCACAAAACCACAUGCACACGGUGCAAGGCCCAGGGAGAACACUGCGUCUACCGUCCGACCGCCCGGUUCUUUAAACCAGCACGCAAGUCGGCAGAGAUUAAGGCGGCGACUCACUGUAAAAAGCAACGCUCAUCUGCCUUUGGCCAGGCGUAUUCGGGACACCAGGGUGGUGUGCGGCGCAGUCGCGGGUCAUUGGAUGUUGCCAAUAGGAGUUCAGCCGAGCAGCGGCCUCGGGCUAUGUCUGCCAUUUCCGCGCUGAAGAAAAUACAGACCGAGAGGCAGAGUGGCUCAUUGUUGGCACCGGGUGAGCUAGUGGUUGCCAUGGAAUGUGGCGAUGUGAGCGCAUCACCCUCGCCCGCAAUAGGUUAUAGCCAGAUGUUGCCGGCGGCGUUUGAUAGAUUGGCACCGGUUGAUUUGAUGAGUGGCGGAGAGGACUCUGGCUUGGUGGCUGACGGGCUGUCAUACAUGGGUGGUUUGGCGGCUGCAAUGCCCUCAGCGACAGCAGCCAAUGACAUGCCGGCGAGCUGCUCCUACACAAUGAACUUGCCUAUAUCAAUGUCGCCGACACAUAUGAUGCUGAAUGGACAGGAUUUUGAUUUUAAUUCAGUUUCUUCUGCCAUGAUGCUCACCGGCCCCACAUCCACACUCCUGAUGUCGCCCACCUCGGUCAACCAGCACCAGUUCAUAUAUCAGAACAACUAUGCUGCGGCCGCUGCCAUGGUCCAGUCGCCAGCCAUGUACGGUGACGACGAGCACAGCCAGAUGACGCUUGUCUCAGCCUUUAACAGAAAUCAACAGACGACCGCUGCAUUCUUGGCUGCAGCUGCGUCUGCUGCCAGCGGCACCGUUACAUCGCCUGCGCAGCUGACUAUAUCUGUGCCCUCGCACAUGUACUCGCCACCCUUGUCCACGUCAUCAUUUUGCACAGGAAUGCCGAGCACGCCGCCGUUGGCCGAGUCUGUUUUGUCUUCAUAUUUGGUCGCUAUGCCGGCCCAGCAGUCGCAGGGUUUUGAAAUGUGGCCCCCCGCGACCAGCGCGUUUGGCUCUUUGAAUGCCGGCCAAACGACAGCAUCCAUGUUGGCGUCGCCAUUGAUCGCCAACAUGUCUGAUGCCUUGGGGAAUGGUGUCAACAUUGGUCUGGACUUUCUUCUGCCUUCGGCAAAAUCAAACUAUUCUGAGUGGUCCACUUAG